AGCACUCAGAGCUCAAAGCGAGCAUAUUAAGCAGACAGAUAGAGUAUAAGCUGGCAGCCUUAAAGGCCAAGCAGAGCGGAAACACUGAACAAGCCAAACAACUCUACCAAAUGUUCAAGAGAUUAGACUCAGUGGUGGAGAGUGUUGACAGAGGCGAGUUUGUGGACAUCAGCUCACUGCCGCCCCCUCCUGGAGAGGUUGAAGUGCCACGCUCUAACCCUCCCCAGCUGUCCUCUAAAGCAGCCGCCCCUCCUGCUGCCUCCACUGCUGCCCCAGACACAGCUCUCUCUGCUCCCCGGAGCGUCGCCGAGGCCUUACAGCAACGCAUGGACAAAUACAGAGAAGCCGCAGAGAGCGCCAAGAGCAAAGGAGACGACCGCAAAGCACGCAUGCACCAGCGCAUAGUCAAGCAAUAUCAAGACACCAUUAAAGCUCAUAAAGCAGGACGGCCUGUGAAUUUGGCAGAACUUCCUGUUCCACCGGGUUGUCCUCCGCUGCAGGGCACUGAGGGCGGCGAGCAGAAUUUUAUGGGCGUCCUGGAGACAGCCAUGAAGCUGGCCAAUCAGGACGCAGAUGCCGAUGCAGACGAAGAACCACAGAAGCCAUCAGCUCAGCCUGCCGUUCAGAAAUCCAGAGCUCCCGCUCCUCCGAAAGCCUCGUCCGCCGGCUCCACUAACACCCCCAAACUAGGAGGGAAAGCCCAGCAGCAGCUGGAUUUCCUGACCAUGCGCAGGCAGCAGUUUGUGAAGGCGGCGCUGCGCUCUAAAGAGAUGAAGGACAUGCAGGGAGCCGCUCAGCACCUGAGAAACGCUAAAGGCCUCGAUGCCAUGAUUACUGCCGCCAAGGCCGGACUUCCUGUGGACAUCACCAAGGUGCCGGCCGCUCCGGUCAGUGAGGACAACUACAGACUGUCUCAUUCACGCUCGUCAGCUCUCUCUCCGCGCUCAUCUGAGCAGUACACUCAACUGAUGGCACAGCUCAAACAGCAGCACGAGAAAUGCCAGGCGUACUCGCAGCAGUUCACUCAUAUGGGGAAUGUAGCAGAAACUGCCAGGUUUGAGAAGCUGGCUGAGGAAUGCAUGAGUAAUAUCGAAUUGCUGAAGAAAGCUCACGCUAAAGGAAGAUCGGUUCCCAAAUUCCACACAGAGGAGCGCACCUUCAACACCGUCAAGAUCUUUCCUACCCUGAUGUCCAAUGACAUGGUGCUGACCGUCGUGAAAGGAAUCAACCUGCCCGCUCCUCCAGGAGUUUCAGCCAACGAUCUGGAUGCGAGUGUGCGCUUUGAGUUCCCGUUCCCCAGCGCGGAAGAAGCUCAGAGAGACAAAACCAGCACUGUGAGAAACACCAACUGUCCAGAGUUUAAGGAGCAGUUCAAGCUGAACAUCAAGCGAGAUCACAGAGGCUUUAAGAGAGUGGUACAGGCCAAAGGCAUCAAGUUUGAGGUCGUACACAAAGGUGGUCUCUUCAAGACAGAUAAAGUGGUGGGAAGUGCUCAGCUGAAGCUGGAAGCUCUUGAGAACCAGUGUGAGAUCAGAGAGAUCAUUGAUGUGUUGGAUGGACGCAAGGCAACGGGAGGGAAGCUGGAGGUGCGAGUGAAGAUCCGCGAGCCGCUGUCUGGAGUUCAGCUGCAGCCGGUGACGGAGAAGUGGCUCGUCAUCGACCCGCUCACACCUUCACCGGAGAAGGACCGAGAGCGGGAGAGAGACAGAGACCGGGAGAAAAGCAGGGAAAAGGAACGGGCUCCUCCUCCAAGAUCCAAACCUGGGAACGAUCACGACAGGAACUCUAAACCAAGCUCGUCUCCUCCGCAGUAUAAGCUGCACAGCUUCAGUCUGCUUCAGCACGACAAAGAGAGACUGGAGUGGAAGAUCAACGAUUAUAAGAAGAACCGACGAGAGCCAUCAGAGCUGAUCAAGCAGCACAUGGACGUCUGUCAGCGACUGCAGUGGCAGAAAUCAUUCCUGGAGAAACACCCGGCAGCACUGACAGAAUAUGAAAAUGUGCUGCGGAAGUUUGUUCACGGUCUGUCAGAUUCAGUCAAAAUGUUUUCCAGCCAAGGCAACAGGGAUGCAGCAAAAGACGCCCUCGGCCGACUGAAGAUGGUGGAGAACGAGCUGGAGUCGGUCAGGAAAAAAUGGGCCAUCAGAGAGUGAAGAAACGCGCCGAGUGACGUGACCGUCUGCUGGAAAACUCUUCACACUUCUGAAAUCAUGAGAAUAGAAAUGAAUCGUGACAGAUAUAAAGGAGCUGCAGAGGGAAACACUACACACACACACACAUGCAAUUAAGCACCUUUUGCAUUGCUGCACUUCAUUACUCUGCGCUCCAGACCAUCAAAACAUUCCCCAAUUUGUCUUUUGUAAGGAGAGACGUCUGAAUGUUUCGAGUGAGAUCAAACUUGUCUCAUCUCAUGCAAAAAUAAACAUCAGUCAAACACUAAAGGGGAAAUCUCACAAAACCCAUCAACAACAUGAUCACAUUUAUUUAGCCCCCAAAAAGAACGAGAUUAGAAAUUUUAGUUAAAUAUUUUAGGACCAUUAAGAUGUUUUUGCAAUGAGAUUUUUUAAUGA